UGAGUCCCUUAAUCAUGUGCCCUGAGAGAAGUAAGUCGGUGGUGGUGGCUGCGGAUGACGAGUCAGGUUGCUCAGGUGCGUCUCCAGCUCACCUCACACUUGGGCUUCUCAGGGAGGAGGGGCGGAAGCCCUGGCCCACCGUUAGCACGAUGAUCUUCAGCCUGCUCCUGGCUCUCAACUUCUUCCCCUCAAUUCAAGUAGCAGAAAACAAGAUUUUGGUGAAUCAGUCGCCCAUGCUUGUGGUAAACAACAAUGAGGUCAACCUCAGCUGCAAGUAUACCUACAACCUCUUCUCGAAGGAGUUCCGGGCAUCCCUUUAUAAGGGAGUAGAUAGUGCUGUGGAGGUCUGUGCUGUGAAUGGAAAUCACUCCAAGUCACUUCAGUCUACAAACAAGGAAUUCAACUGCACUGUGAACUUGGGCAACGAAACAGUGACAUUCUACCUCCAGGAUUUAUACGUUAACCAAACGGAUAUUUAUUUCUGCAAAAUCGAGGUUCUGUAUCCUCCUCCUUACAUAGACAAUGAGAAGAGUAAUGGGACCAUUAUCCAUGUGAAAGAGAAACAUCUUUGUCCAGCUCCCCGGUCUCCUGAGUCCUCUAAGCCAUUUUGGGCACUUGUGGUGGUAAACGGAGUCCUAGCUUUCUAUAGCUUGCUAGCAACAGUGGCUCUUUCUAACUGCUGGAUGAAGAGUAAGAGAAACAGGAUGCUUCAGAGCGACUACAUGAACAUGACACCUCGCAGGCCGGGGCCCACCCGAAAGCACUACCAGCCCUAUGCGCCAGCACGGGACUUUGCAGCCUACCGUUCCUGACACGGACGCCUAUCCAGAUGCAAGCCGGCUGGCCCCUCUUCACCUGCUCAACACCAUUGCUCUGGAUAGGAAAGGACUGCCUCGUCUUCAGCCAGCCACCUUGGCCUCCUGUUAGGCCACCAAUGCUAAUUUUUCUUGAACAAAUAGGCCGAAUAACAUCAUUUUGAGACUCUGAAAUGAAGUUAAAGAAUAUUACUGUGGCAGACUCGUGUAGUGCCAUGGCCCAAAUUCAAACUCACCAUGUAUUUAUUGACUUGAUUGAGAGGUUAAGGUAGAAAACUGAAAGUGAGCGGAUUCUGUUAGCCCUGACAUCUGCUUCCAGUUCCACUCCUUUCUAAUUCACCUGCAUAUUGCGGUCAAGUGAAGUGUGAUAUCGAAAGACUUUUUAGGUGGAGAAGAAAAGGUUAGGAAAUCAUUCCCUUUGAUUAAAUGGGGGUUUUGGGUGGAGAUAAGUUGGAAUGGGGGAGGGAGACAUAAACAUUUAAAAAACCCUUAAAACACUGUCUCUCACUCAUGAAAUGAGUCACUUAGUUCCUAUUUAAUGCUGUUUUAUUUUAGUUUGUAAAGAUGUAGACAUUCUUUUUGAUGAAUUCUGGUCCUAUUAGUCAUUUUGACCAAUGGAAUCCCUUCAGAGCAAUGGGAGGUAAACCAACUUGCUUUCCUUACUCCCUGUGAUGGGAAUUCAAGGUAAUCUUCACAAUAUGAUUUCAAAAGAAUAAAGUAGUCCUCCCACACCAAGGAAGAAUGUGUCAGGAAAUAAGGUCACUUGAUGUCAAAAUUAUUUGAAUACUAUGAAGGGUUAUUUGUUUAGUAGCUCAUUUCAGUCGAAUCAUACAGGGGCCUUUUCUGUUCCAUGUAUUUUAGGUUUGCUCAGUUAGUUUCUUUAUUGUCUGCAUGGAGAGCUACAGCGGGAUGCUGAGAGUGCAUCUCCUGGAGAAGUGACGAUACUGUGAAAAAGGGAUAUUGGCAUCCAUUAGAGUAUGAGGGAUGGGUCUCGAGAAACUUCUGAAGGGAACAACACAAUUCUUGCCACAUGCCGCAGGGGUGGCUGGCAUCUGGUAGGAGUUUUCUAGAAGACAGAAGGCAGAAGGAGAAAUGGUGAGAGCUUCUUUCUGGGACUUUCUGUGCUUUAGGGCUCAGAGCUCCAGAACUCUGUGGUUCAGUUGCCUGUUUACCCUGGAGGUCCAUCGACAUGGAAAAGUGUUUGAUGCUUUUGAGAUAGCAUCAAAGUUCUCAAGAUACCAGGCAAGGCCAGACCCUGGAAACACCAUGAAUAUUUUUCUGGCUCCAGUUUGGGUCAACUGGAGUAUGUCUGGGGACCUUGAAGAAUGGUUUUACUGCUGCCCUUAUAAUUUGUUCAGUGCUUUGAUUCAUUCAGAUGUUGGAGAAGUCUAGGUUUUAGAGGCAGAUAGGCCUGGCUCAAGUACUAUUGCUAGUUGGCCUCAGACGAGUCACUGCCUUUCUAAGACUCUGAUUCUUCAACUAUAAAAUGAAGAUAGUGAUCACAAAUGUCUGUUCCUAUACUAUCGUUUCCAUGAGGGCAUGUCUCAAGUUUGUCUUUUUUUUUUCUGCUUGGCCCUGGCACAUAGUACCAUGCCUGACAUAUGUUAGCUAUUAUUAUUAUUGUCAUAUAGAUAAACUAUGUAUAAAAAUUAAACUGGGCAAUGACCUGAGAAGGAAGAGACUAUUAUAACACAAAUUUAAAUUCACUACCCAGGGAUGAGGUGCUACAAAAUUUGAAAGCCUCUAAACUCCCUCCCAUUUCCUGUUUCAAAAUAUUUUAGCUUGCAGUAAGAUGUACAGCAUUCUGCCUCUCACUUUUAUGUAUAUAAAGAGGUCUUCUCUAAUUUUUUUUUUUUUGUAACAUGGGGAGGAGUAGAAAUCUUAUAAUUCCAUUCAGAGGAUAUUGUACUUUGGUUGAUUUUUAAAUGGGCUUCCAUUCCAUGAAUUAAAUUAUUUCAAAGAA